GGCAAUUUCCACAGUCGGUGAACACCGUUUCGUUCAGCGUUCACCGACGACACCACCGGUACCGGUAGCGUGUGUCCCACCAACCAGCGAUGGCUUACUACGACACGAGGACGACGGUGGACAGUUUCAUUCUGUCCCGGUACAGUGCCGCCCCCAGCAUACCGGGAAGCACCGGAACGAUGGCCUCCGUUGAAGAACUGUUCUUCAACAUUACGCCGACAGCGACGGCGUCGACGUCGUUGGCGACGGCAUUCGCCGGCAGUACGACCGGCAGCAGCGGUGCCAACGGGACGGAAUCCAUGGCGGAAAUCGAACCCACCUACUCGCUGGUGCAGAUCAUCAUCCUCGGCAUCAUCGCCACGGUGCUGAGUAUCCUGACGGUGGCCGGCAACGUGAUGGUGAUGAUCUCGUUCAAGAUCGACAAACAGCUACAAACAAUCAGCAACUAUUUUUUAUUCUCGCUUGCCAUUGCGGAUUUCGCGAUCGGACUGAUAUCGAUGCCACUGUUCUCGGUGACGACCCUGCUGGGCUACUGGCCCCUGGGUCCCCACAUAUGUGACACGUGGUUAGCGUUGGACUAUCUGGCGUCGAAUGCGUCCGUGCUGAAUCUGCUCAUCAUUAGCUUUGAUAGGUACUUUAGUGUAACUAGGCCUCUAACAUAUCGAGCGAAGCGUACAACGACCCGAGCGGCGAUCAUGAUCGGGGCCGCGUGGGGCAUCAGUUUACUGCUGUGGCCUCCGUGGAUUUACAGUUGGCCCUACAUCGAGGGUAAGCGAACUGUGCCGGAGAAGGAGUGCUACAUCCAAUUCAUCGAGACCAAUCACUACAUCACCUUCGGGACGGCUAUUGCCGCCUUCUACGUGCCAGUGACGGUUAUGUGCUUCCUCUACUACCGGAUAUGGCGGGAAACGAAAAAGAGACAAAAGGACCUGAAGAACCUGACGGGGGAUCGGAAGAAGGAUUCCUCAAAGCGGUCCAAUUCGAGUGAUGAAAACACGGCGGUCAAUCACUCGGGUGCGAUAGCGCAACUGACCAACGCCGAACCGGACGGCUGGCGGAGGCCUCGAAGCGAGUCGUCAGCGGAUGCGGAAAGUGUUUACAUGACCAACGCGGUCAUCUCGGACUCGGGCUACGGCCACGGGAUGCUCUCGCGGCGAUCUAGCUUAACCAACAACGGCCUACCGAAAAAGCCGACGACGUUCUUCGGCGGCAUCAAGGAGUGGUGCAUCGCGUGGUGGCACUCGGGCCGAGAGGACUCCGACGAUUAUGGGUACGACGCCGAGGAGCCUUCGGAUCUAGGAUGUACAUCGUUGAACGUGAUCCGCGAUCCAUACGGGACCACAGGCCGCGGCAACGUGGUCAGUAUGAUUCCGGACAUUUCGCCGACACCGAUGCGACCGACGUUGCCUCCCAUGUCCCACCUACAAGACAUGCACGGACCAAGAGAUUCACGCUCACUACCGAAUAGCAAUCGAUUAGGUUCUCGCUCGGUAAGCCAGGACUCUGUAUAUACGAUACUGAUACGCUUGCCACCGGAGGGUGGAUCUGGUGACGAGCGGGCACCUUCGAUCAAAAUGAUCCAGGACGAUGUACCGAUGUCGAUGACAGUUCCGCCGCGGAGGCCACUUCCGUCGCGAGACUCGGACUACAUUAUCCCGGUGGGACGGAGACAGUCGACGGCUACGACGGACAUUCGGUUGCCGCUGACGACCAAAAUAAUUCCGAAGCCGUUGUCGAAACAGCAGCAGAUUCAUCAGGCGAACAUGCUGCAAACGGCCCGACAGGUGAAGAAGAAAAAGAAAUCACAGGAGAAGCGUCAGGAGACGAAAGCCGCCAAGACUCUGUCCGCCAUUUUGCUGAGUUUUAUCAUCACGUGGACUCCGUACAACAUUUUGGUGCUGUUGAAACCCCUGACGGCCUGCACUCGGUGCAUACCGCAGGAGUUGUGGGAUUUCUUCUAUGCUCUGUGCUACAUCAACUCGACCAUCAACCCGGUGUGCUACGCCCUGUGCAACGCCUCCUUUCGGCGGACCUACGUGCGGAUACUGACGUGCAAGUGGCACACUCGGAACCGUGAGGCCAUGACGAGGGGGGUUUAUAAUUAAGGUUUUGACUAAAGGUGGGAUGGAUUUUGUAUAACUAGGUUUAGUCAUGAGGAAUUUUGAUUCUUCCUGUGAAGAUUGAGAAAAACGCAGCGGUGGGUUUGUUUGCUUGUUUGUUACGGAUCAAUCGCAAUUCAGCAUUGCUGGU